CAACAUAAUAAGAAUGGCAUAUUCUUAUAUCGUAGAAGAAGCACCUCCCGACGACGUUCCCAGCGUGAAGCACGAUAUCCGACGUGCGAAGCUAUUUCUUCAGAAACAUAGCACAGAAUCGGGUGACAGUUUAUACGAUCACUUAGUCGAGCUUCUGGCAAAGAUACUGGCCGAACAGCCGCGAAAUGCUGUUGAUAUUUUCGAGGAAUACAGUAGAAAAUUGAAAGAGGAGAGGUUUAAGACUAAGACGGAUUAUCUUCGGGAUCUGUACAUACCACCCGUGCAACACGACGAUGCCAAGAAGCUCAUUAAACUCUUCCAGGGUGUAAGACGGAUUAACGACGAACAGGAGAAACUAGGGGACGAAGAGGAAGCCGAUAAAAAAAAGAAACAUCCCAACAUGCUGGAUCUUUUGUUCUACUUUGAGCAGACGGGUGUAGGACUGCCACGACACGAAGUAGUGUUGCUUAAUUUAUCGAUCUGGAGGUUCGCUUCGACAAUGCCGGUUGAAAAUAUUAGAUUUUGGGGCAAAAUACUUGGAAGGCCUAAAAAUUAUUAUAUACUAGAAGCUGAACUCCAGGCGGAUGAGCUUGCUCGAAGAUUACAGCAAGAGGAAUAUGAAAUACAAUCUAGAAAAGAAAAAGAGGAAAUUGAAGCCGACAAGGUGAAACUGGUGGAGGAAGAAGUGGCGAGAAAAAUCAAAGAGAAAGACAUAGAAGGAACUGUCGAAACAAUAGGAAGUCCGCGCAAAGAUACGUCAAAAGGAAAGCCUUUGGAGCUUAUAUAUCCAGCGUUACCUACUAAUCCGUGGAGACCGUUGCCGGAAAUACCGAUCGAGAGAAUUGGAAGCGGUCUCAAUAAAAAAGUGUAUUUUGUAUGCAACGCGCCUGGGUUAGACGAGUGGAUCGAACUUCCGACGGUUACACCGCAGCAGAUAGUAAUUGCACGACAGAUUGUUCGAUACUGCACGGGAAACUUGGAGACACCGAUUCACAGUUUUCCGCCGUUUCCCGGAACCGAGAAAAAUUAUCUUCGUGCACAAAUUGCACGGAUUAGUGCGACCACUCAUGUUUCGCCGAUUGGCUUCUUCACAUUCCGUGGAGAAGACGAGGAUGAAGAGAUAGAAGAAGAAAGAAAAGAAAAAGAAGAGUUAUUAGAAAACACUAAUUAUGAUCCACUACCGAUCAAGGAUCUUGUCGAUCCCUCCAUGUCAAAUUGGUGUCAUCAUAGUACAUAUAUUCUUAAACAAGGACGAACUGUUUGGUGGAAUCCCGAGAAGGAGAAAAAGAUUGUCGAUGAUGCAAUCGAAGAAGAAGAAGAGGCGGAGGAAGACAUAGAGAAAGAUGAAGUAAAAAUGACAGAGAAAGAGAUCGGACCACCUCUCUUAAUUCCUUUAUCAGAGGAUGCUGUUGUUGACUCCGUGAUACCGUGGACUGUUAGACAAUCGACAUAUAUACAACCAGACAUUGCAGUAGCUUUAGUCAAGUCGAAUAUCUGGCCUGGAGCGUUCGCGUUCGCGGUAGGAAAACGCUUCGCUACUGUGUAUAUCGGAUGGGGCCACAAAUACAACGCGUAUAAUUACAGCCCUUCUAAUAUGCCACCUGUUCAAGAUCAGUACAAAAUCGGACCGGAGAUUAUGGAAAUUCGUGAUCCUACUGUCAAAGAAGAAGAGGCGUAUCAAUUAACGCAUUUACCACCAAUAUUGCCAAUGGGAAUGUUAGAUAACAAGGAGGAGGAAGAGGAAGAAGAUGAAGAAACAGAGGAGGAGGAGGAGGAAGAUGAAUAA